AUGGCAAAGCGCAAGCGAGAAGCAGCGGCAGCGGCCCCGAAGACGGCGGAGCCUGAGCAGCAACAAACCACCAAACGCGCAAAGGCAGUGCAGCCCUGGCCCGAGGAACCUACCAUUGUUGUUCAAAUUGUCACCGGAUCAUACGAUCGAACCCUGCACGGUUUCACAGCCACGAUACGCUGCAGAAAGGAGGGAGACAAGAUUGACUUUGCGGACACGUUCCUCUUUGACGCUCACAACUCGGCGGUGAAAUGUCUCGCCCUCUCGCCCCCAUCGGCACCGGCCCCGGGCCAAGGCCAGAGGGUCAUGCUGGCUACAGGCGGUACGGACGAGCGAAUUAACGUCUACAACAUCUCUGCGCACCCGCCCAAACAGAGCGCUGAGCAGGACCUCAUCUCAUCCCUCGCACCCCGGCCGGUCGCCGAGAACCCGCAGAACAGGGAGCUGGGCACGCUGCUGCACCACUCUUCUACGAUCACGAAGCUCUCGUUCCCUACGAGGUCUAAGCUCUUGUCAUCUUCGGAGGAUUCGACGAUAGCAAUCACGAGGACGCGUGACUGGUCGCUCCUCUCAGCCAUUAAGGUUCCGAUACCGAAGGCAUACGGGCGGCCGAGUGGAGACACGGCGCCCAUGGGUGGCACGCCGGCCGGCGUCAACGACUUUGCAGUGCACCCCAGCCUCAAGGUCAUGAUCAGCGUCAGCAAAGGGGAGCGGUCCAUGAGACUGUGGAACUUGGUCACGGGCAAAAAGGCCGGCGUGUUAAACUUUGGCAAGGACGUCCUACACGAGAUUGGCGAGGCCAAGUACAACAUGGGAGAAGGUCGCAGCGUCGUCUGGGGCACCUGCGAUGGUGAAGACGAGUUUGCGGUCGGCUUUGACCGGGAGGUAUUGGUUUACGGAAUGGACGGAACGCCCAAGUGCCGCGUUAUGGGCAGCCUCAGAACCAAGGUGCAUAGGGUACUAUACCUUCAAUGGAAUGCCACCAAGGAUAGCGGGAAGGACAGCAAGAAGGGCGAUGACGUCAGUUUCCUUGCCGUGUCCACCGAAGAUGGUCGGAUAUGUUUCUUCUCCACCAAGAGUGAAGAUCUACAGCAGCCAAAAGAUGUUGAGGGGAGGGAUGGUGUCAACAAGACAGAGCACCUGUCAACUGCCAAACUUUUAGGCAGCGUGGGAGGCAAGGAUGCCGGGGUUACCAGUCGCAUCAAGGACUUUGUGGUGUUACCGGGCAGCGAAGACGCGCAGCAAAAGCACAGAGUUGUCGUGUCUGGAAGCAGUGAUGGCAAGGUCCACGUGUGGAAGGUGGAGCAGAAAGCUCUCGUGAACGGCAAGGGACCUAUUGGCAAAAAAUUGGGAAGUUAUGAGACGCAAAAUCGGAUUACAUGCCUGGCAGCAUUCGAGAUGAUACCCAGACCCGAAGGCUUGGACGACGAAGGCGGGGAAGACGAGGAGGAGGUACAGAGCGGAGAAGAUGUAGAUUCAGAAGACGGCGAGGAGUAA